AUGUCUGGUCGUGGUAAACAGGGUGGCAAGGCUCGUGCUAAGGCUAAGACCCGCUCCUCGCGAGCUGGGCUCCAGUUCCCCGUAGGCCGGGUGCACCGCCUGCUCCGCAAGGGUAACUACUCCGAGCGUGUCGGUGCCGGGGCGCCGGUGUACCUGGCGGCGGUGCUGGAGUACCUAACGGCUGAGAUCCUGGAGCUGGCGGGCAACGCGGCCCGCGAUAACAAGAAGACGCGCAUCAUUCCGCGCCACCUGCAGCUGGCCAUCCGCAACGACGAGGAGCUUAACAAGUUGCUGGGGCGCGUGACCAUCGCUCAGGGCGGUGUCCUGCCCAACAUCCAGGCGGUACUGCUCCCCAAGAAGACUGAGAGCCACCACAAGGCCAAGGGCAAGUAA